UUAUUGCUUACUUGAUUACGGUCACACUUGUCAUUAGUCAUUUUUUUACACAAUAAAUUAAAAUUAAGCCAAGUUAAAAGCGUUAUUUGGGGCCUUUGAACCAAUAAAUGCGUGUUAGGCAACCUCGCUAUACAUCGAAAAAUCGCGCAAGUGCUUUUCGCAGCCAGCUGAACCGUCUUUGACACCGUGACGCACUGAAAAUCGAUUGCCUAGUCAGAGGGGAAAAACAAAAAAACAAUACAGAACGAGACAGCCAGACAAAGUGCAAUUGGUUUGGAUCGGGGGACCCGGAGUGACAAUUAGUGCAACGCAGAUUAUAUUGGGGGAGGCAGCUGCAAGAGUGCUUGCUGGUAAAAAUGGGAAUCUUCGGGCAGUCGUCGCCAUUCGACGCCGAUGUGGAAAAGGCCACCAGCGAGACAAACACCAAUGAUAACUGGGCUUUGAUCCUUGAUGUGUGCGACAAGGUGACUCACAAUCCUCGUCAGGCAAAGGAUUGCCUGAAGGCAGUGAUGCGGCGAAUGGGCCACACCGAUCCGCAUGUCGUGAUGCAGGCGAUCACGCUCCUCGACGCCUUGUCCAACAACUGCGGCAAGCCGUUCCACCUGGAGGUGGCUUCGCGGGAGUUCGAGACCGAGUUUAGGCGCCUCUUGACAAAGGCUCAGCCCAAGGUGUCGUUGAAAAUGCGUGAAGUUCUUAAGAACUGGGCCGAAAACGAUUAUAAGCGGGACCAAGAGUUGGACCUCAUCCGCGCUUUGUACCUCAAGUUGCGCGCGGAGGGAUAUGACUUCAAGGAUCUGGGUGAGAAGACGGGCAAGUCUGCGGCUGAGAAAGCAGCUGCUCUGCCCAAGGAUCCGAAUGUGGUAAGCAGCCAGCAGGAGGAGGACGACAUUGCCAAGGCCAUAGAGCUCUCGCUGAAGGAGACCAAAGGCAGUCCCAAGACCACUAGCGGACCUCCCGCCACUAGUAGUGCCUAUCCAUCGUUGUAUCCAUCAUUCGGGGCAUCAACCUCCAGUUCCAGUGCUCCGGCCAGUGAUUCAGUGAAUCCCACUCCGGCACCGGAGCCGCGAAAGGUGCGUGCCCUGUACGAUUUUGAGGCAGCGGAGGAGAACGAACUGACGUUCUUUUCGGGCGAAAUUAUUCACGUGAUGGAUGAUAGUGAUCCGAACUGGUGGAAGGGCUACAAUCAGCGUGGCGAGGGCUUGUUUCCUUCCAACUUUGUCACUGCCGAUCUCUCCGUCGAUCCCGAUCGCUUGGACAUCAAUCAGCAGCAUAAAUCGGCUGCCGCCGCCGGCCAAAGGGAGCAGGAAUCGGCGGCGUUGCUGCAGCAAAAGACUGAAGCAGCAGCUGCUGCUGCCGCUGCCCAGCCUGUAGAAAUAGACGAGACGAAGAUUGAUCGGCUUCUGCAUCUGUUGCACGAGGCCAAUCCCGAGGACCCAUCGCAGGACAGUGAUGAGAUGCUGCGUCUCGAACAGGAGGUCCAUCAAAUGGGUCCGCUUAUUGACGCUGAGCUAGAACGUGUAGACCGCAAGCAUGCCCAGUUAACGCAGUUAUCAAGUGAUCUUGUCGAUGCCAUUAACUUGUACCACACCUUGAUGAGGGACGAUAGAGCGGCAGCUGGCCAGUUUGCCGCUGCAGCUGGAGGUUUUAUGCCAGGGCUACCAACUGGUUUUCCGGGGGCCGCACUCUACGGAGCUCCAGGCUAUCCAGCACCAGGUGGCUUUCCUCCAGCCCAAGGCUUUGCUGGAAUGCACUCACUACCGUACGGAUCCGUUCCCAAUAAUCCAAAUUCAGGUCCCACUUCUACAACUGGGGUUCCUGGUGUUCCAGGAGCUCCGGCUGGCUACCAAGGACAUCCCCCCGGUCAGGUACCCUUGACUUAUCAAAAUGGACAUGCUCCGCAAAUGAAUUCCCUGCCACCUCAUCUAUCGCAACCAGCUCCACCUGUGACCCAACCCAUUUACAACGCCCAGCCCACGCCGGUUACCAGCCAACAGCAGCAGCCCCAGCCCCAGCAACAGAUUCCCCAGCAUCCACAGCAAGCGCCACAGCAUCCCCAGCAGCCCAGCUAUCACAUGGAUCCGCAAACUCAAUUCGCCCAAGGUCCGCCUGCAGUUCCACAAACUCAACUCCCUCAGCAGCAACAAAUGCCAGCUCCCCACGUGUAUAUGUCUCCGCAGCACCAGCAGCCACCACCGCCCCAAGGCUACCAGCCGUCUCCCAAUAUUUAUGCACCAAAUGGAUCGUCUGCGGUUAAUCCCCAAGGUUACAUGCCACCCCAGCAACAUCCACCGCAUCCACAGGCACCGCAGCAGCAGCACCCACCACACGAUCAGUUCAGUCAGCUCCAUCAACAAAUGGCCGCUAUGUCCAUGAAUGCUGGUCCGCCGGUCGGUGCUCCCGGUUAUCAUAUGCAGAACGACGCCGUCAAAAAUAACAUUCCUAUAUACCAGCAGCAGCGGUAAAACCAUUGGAUUAGUUUUUCAUUAAAAUCGAGCCCUAUGAAAUAGUUUGCGUUUAUUUGCCCAAAUUUUGCUGUCAAAAGGAAAAGCAAUCGGAAGAUUACCAAAAAUUUUACUAUCCCAAUGGAAAAGAAGAAAUGAGAAAAGCCAAAUUAAUUUAAAAAAAGAAAUUUUGAAUGUUUUUUGUUUAAUUUUGUUGCAUUAUUUUCGGGCAUAGUAUUGUAUACUCAAAAAAAAACCUACAUACUUUUUUGGGGGUUUUACGAAUCGGAAUGAUACACACACUAUAUAAAUAUUCUAUAUUCAACAACAUGUAUAACUUUGUAUUUAGUGCAGGAGAGAAUAACUACUAUGUAUUAUGUUUAUUGUACGGAUUAUGAUCUGAUAAAGAUAACGAAACGAAUCACAUUCAUUAAAAUCAUUCACUUAUAAGAAA